AUGACUUCUCGACUUUCUCUCCUUGCUCUCCUCACCCUCCUCUUCCCGUUCUGUAACUCAACAGGAAUCGUCUGGAUCCGUGUCUCUUCUCCGGAACAAGUUGCCGUUCAGUUCGAAGUGAUCGACAGGACCAACACUUCCCGCUACGCCAUCUCGUUCACUCUGCAAGUGUAUCCACGUGUCCCGAAGGAGUUUGUCCUUCCGAUGCCACCAUCGGAUCCGGCAACCCCGUUCCCGAUCCUCGACUACAGUAUCCAAGUGCGCGGUGGCUCGAAAACCCGGCUCAGAAUGCCUCUGUUGGUCAACGAGCCGUGGACAAACGACACUUAUCGAUCGAUUUCCACUGCCAUUCGCUUCGAGUGUCUUCCGUUUUUCUACGGUGCCAAGUGCCAAACCUACUGUUCUUCCGGACAAAAGUGCUCAACCGACUUGUGCUCGAUGAAGAAUUGUCCAAUCAGUAAGCAUCUACCCUUUGAGUACAUUUUCAUAGCUAAUUGUUUCAGAUUCCGAGUGUUCUACCGAUAAUAUCGAGGCCAAAUGCACGUGCAGACCCGGCUACUCUGGAGAGAACUGCGAUGAGGUGGAAGUCGUGCACGUGUCCGAAAGCCAAUCUGAAUUGAAAUUGCUCAUCGUCAUUCUCGUCGUCAUCAUCGUUAUUCUAUUCAAAUUUUUGAUGAUCAGAGUAAUUUUUGGAAGACGGACCCGCAAGGAACGCUUCGUCAGUGAGCCGAUUGUCGAGACUGUCGGUGACUUCCAGAAGGAUCCUUCUUCGAUUGUUUGA